GUAGAAAGCGUUGCGAUGGCGGCGACGGGGGUCGGGCUUGCCGACUUCUCCCCCCGGGUUCGGGGGUUCGAAUCGACGUUUCAAGGCGCCUGAAUAUGGAAUAAAACCGAGGACGACUGUUUUGCUUUCGCACCGUCCUCCCCCGGGCCGAGGAGUCUGCCGUCGUCGCUUUGCUUCAUCCCGUACACACGCCUGCUACAAGGGAAUAGCAGAUCGCUUACUCGGAGCCUUUUCAUACGAGGAGAAGCAGCAGCUGCUGGGCAUAAGCAAGUACUUCUUGAGGCUUAAGGUGCUGCUUUCAGCUCAUGCUUGUAUAGAGGAGCUCAGAUGGGAUUAAAGUCCACAUGGAGGCAUGGAAAAGAACCAAGGACUUGCACUAAGAAGAUGGUAAACUGGGAUUCAUGUUGCCUUAUUUGCCUGGUGAUGAUCACCAUGGCUGGAUUUUCAUUGGCUCGGCCAUCUUACAACUUAGUUGGUGAAGACACCACUUUGGAACCUGAAGAGCCACCAACCAAAUAUCAGAUCUCUCAGCCUGAUGUAUAUUCUGUACUUCCGGGAGACCCUCUGAACUUGAAUUGUCCACUGAAAGAUGCCAUCAAGAUCAGUUGGACUAAAGAUGGGGUCCAUUUGGCGUCCAACAAUCGGACAUUUAUGACUGGGGAAUACUUGCGGAUUAAAGAUGCCACACCCAAAGAUUCAGGUCUUUAUGCUUGCACUGCUGUUAGGACUUUAGACAGUGAUACCAUCUACUUCAUUAUAAAUGUUACAGAUGUUCUUUCAUCUGGAGAUGAUGAAGAUGACACCGAUGGCUCUGAGGAUUUUGUGAAUGACAACAACCAAAUCAGGGCACCAAAGUGGACACAAACAGAUAAGAUGGAGAAGCGAUUACAUGCAGUCCCAGCAGCGAAUACCGUAAAAUUCCGUUGUCCAGCUACAGGAAACCCACCACCAACCAUGAGGUGGCUAAAAAAUGGAAAAGAGUUUAAGCAAGAGCAUCGCAUUGGUGGCUACAAGGUACGAAAUCAGCACUGGAGUCUUAUAAUGGAGAGCGUGGUCCCAUCAGACAAGGGAAAUUACACCUGUAUAGUGGAGAAUAUACACGGGUCGAUCAAUCACACUUACCAUCUUGAUGUUGUUGAACGAUCACCACACAGGCCUAUCCUACAAGCAGGCCUACCUGCAAAUACCUCAGCCAUUGUGGGGGGUGAUGCAGAGUUUGUCUGCAAAGUCUACAGUGAUGCUCAGCCUCAUAUCCAGUGGAUAAAGCACAUAGAAAAAAAUGGAAGUAAACAUGAUGCAGAUGGAAUACCGUAUCUGAAAGUUCUAAAGCAUUCGGGGAUAAAUAGUUCCAAUGCUGAAGUGCUGAAACUGUACAAUGUGACAGAGGCGGAUGCUGGAGAAUAUAUUUGUAAGGUCUCCAAUUAUAUAGGGGAGGCCAACCAGUCUGCCUGGCUUACAGUUCUGCCAGAUAAAGCUUCUGUAGAAGACAGGCCAUACCCAACAUCCCCAGACUACCUGGAAAUAGCCAUCUACUGUGUAGGGGUCUUCCUGAUUGUCUGUAUGGUGGCGACAGUCAUCCUGUGCCGAAUGAAAACCACCACGAAGAAGCCAGACUUCAGCAGCCAGCCAGCUGUCCACAAGCUGACUAAGCGUAUUCCUCUGCGCAGACAGGUAACAGUGUCUGCAGACUCUAGCUCCUCCAUGAACUCCAACACACCUUUGGUGAGGAUAACUACACGUCUCUCCUCCAAUGCUGAUGCUCCAAUGCUGGCAGGAGUUUCUGAGUAUGAACUGCCAGAAGAUCCAAAAUGGGAGUUCCCCAGAGAUAAGUUAACACUAGGGAAACCCCUUGGGGAAGGAUGCUUUGGUCAAGUUGUCAUGGCGGAAGCAGUGGGAAUUGACAAAGACAGACCAAAAGAAGCCGUUACUGUGGCAGUGAAAAUGCUGAAAGAUGACGCUACAGAAAAAGACCUGUCUGACCUGGUGUCUGAAAUGGAGAUGAUGAAGAUGAUAGGGAGGCACAAAAAUAUUAUCAAUCUCCUUGGGGCAUGUACUCAGGAUGGGCCCCUGUACGUGCUUGUGGAAUAUGCUUCCAAAGGGAAUUUGCGAGAGUACCUGAGAGCGCGGCGACCACCAGGAAUGGAAUAUUCAUUUGACAUUAACCGGGUACCUGAAGAGCAGAUGACAUUUAAAGAUUUAGUCUCAUGUACAUACCAGUUGGCAAGAGGCAUGGAAUACUUGGCAUCCCAAAAAUGCAUCCAUCGAGAUUUAGCAGCAAGGAAUGUUUUGGUUACUGAAAAUAAUGUCAUGAAAAUAGCUGACUUUGGGUUGGCCAGAGAUAUCAACAAUAUAGAUUAUUAUAAAAAGACUACUAAUGGCCGGCUGCCUGUAAAGUGGAUGGCACCAGAAGCCCUAUUUGACCGAGUUUACACACAUCAAAGUGAUGUAUGGUCAUUUGGUGUGCUAAUGUGGGAGAUCUUCACUCUAGGAGGGUCACCAUACCCAGGAAUUCCAGUGGAAGAACUUUUCAAGCUGCUUAAAGAAGGGCACAGAAUGGACAAGCCUGCCAAUUGUACCAAUGAACUCUACAUGAUGAUGAGAGAUUGUUGGCAUGCAGUGCCUUCACAGAGACCAACUUUUAAGCAGCUUGUAGAAGACUUGGAUCGAAUCCUCACUCUCACAACUAAUGAGGAAUACCUAGACCUCAGUGGACCACUGGAACAGUAUUCACCUAGUUAUCCAGACACUAGGAGUUCGUGUUCUUCAGGUGAUGACUCUGUUUUUUCUCCUGAUCCAAUGCCUUAUGAACCUUGUAUUCCUAAAUACCAACACAUAAACGGCAGCAUUAAAACAUGAGAAGAACCUUUCUUUAUCCCAGAUGGAAUAAGGGAACAAGGAUAUCCAUCUACCUACCAUGUGAAAAGAGAGCCUUUCUUCUGACACACAAGAUUUUUGUUUGUACAUAUGAAAAGUAGGGACCAAAACAAAGCAAAAUAUUGGUCAAAAUGUUUUCAGAACAUAUGGAAACAAUGUUGUGCAUAGGAACUCCAAACAAUUUUCAGAAGAAGAGAAUUUUUAUGGGCCACAUAUGGACACAAGUUCGUAGGUCAGUUCUUAGGCCUGGAAGCCGCAACACACUUUCUACAUUUGAUGGACCAGUUGGACUUGAGGCAAACACUGGGUCAUGCCUUUCUUGUUUAUUUUGUAAUAUUUGGAGAAAAUAUAUGUUGACACACACUCACAGAGCACAAAUGCAGUAUAUAGGUGCUGGAUGUAUGUAAAUAUAAUCAAAUAUGUAUAAAUAUAUAUAUUAUAUAUUUACAAU